AUGGAGACUGACAGCUACACCUUGGGCCCAGCCACCACCGACUGGGCUGGCCUGGAGGGAACAGGAGUCCUUCAGGAACAAGGAGAAGGGGGCUUGUCCAGCAACCCCGCAUCAUGGUACAUUCCAUACUCACUGGGCUUCCAGGUGUCCCUCACUGCCUUCCUCAUGCUGGAGCUGGUGUUGGGUUUCAGCAGCAACCUGACAGUGCUGGUACUCUACUGCUCUCAAUCCAAUUUAGUGGACUCAGUGAGCAACAUGGUGACUGUCAAUCUGCAUGUACUGGAUGUGGCGGUGUGUGUGCUGUGUUUGCCCCUGACUCUGGUGGUUGUGUUGCUGCCUCCGGGACCAAACCUAGCCCUGCUCUGCUGCCUCCACGAGGCCUGUGUCACCUUUGCCAGCAUCGCCACGGCCAUCAACAUUCUGGUCAUUAGCUUGGACCGAUACGACAUUUCAGUCCGGCCGGCAAACAGGCUUCUGACAACACGCAGAGCAGCACUGCUCCUGGCUGCUGUGUGGGUCACCUCGAUAGCUGUGUUUUUUAUCCCAUUCUUGGAGGUGCAGUUGUCCAGUGGAGAAGGAGCAGAGGAAAGAGGGGAUGUGACACCUGUGUCUUUGUCCUCCCAUGGCAUCAGGGCCACAGUGGUGCCAGCGUGGCGUAAUAGGACAGUGCUGUGUGUUGGCGGCCAGGGCUUUCACACAGGCCUGGUCAUGUAUUACCACCUUAUUCUGCAGGUGCCCAUUUUCUUCACCACUGUGGCAGUCAUGCUGUUCACGUACUCCAGAAUACUGAGAGCUUUGAACAUCCGCAUCGGCUCCCACAUGAAGAAGAGCCAGCACUUCAGGGGUCCCACCUGCAGGGGGCACCACAAGAGACAGAAAAAAAGGAAGGCAGUUGAUGGUGGCGGGGCAGGAGGGGAGCAGUGCACCACAGAUAGCACCAAACAGCUCAGCCACCCUCCCCUCAUCCCUUCUCCCUCUCCCACUCCCACAGCUAUUUCUCCCCCGGCCCUGUCCUCCCCUGCCCCACUGGUCACCUCUGACACAGGUGCUGCCACCCUUAUGCCAGCCACCAUGGGUGUUCAAGCCUCUGUCUCAGCUAUCAUUGCCCUGCGGCGAGCGGUGCGGCGACACCGUGAUCGGCGAGAGCGCCAGCGGCGGGUGUUCAGGAUGUCACUCAUCAUAAUCACCACCUUCCUUGGCUGUUGGGCCCCCCUCUCUGUGACCAAUGUGCUAAUCCUGGGUAUAGGCCCCAGUGACUCUCUGGUCAGUCUGCGCCUCUGGUUCCUAGCCCUUGCCUAUGGCACCACAGUCUCCCACCCUUUGCUCUACGCCUUCACACGACAGAAGUUGCGCCGUGCCCUCCGUGCCAAGGUUAAGAAGAGGGUGGUGUCCUUGCUUCAGGUAGACCCUUCACCGGGGGGCACCGUCAUACACAACUCAUGGGUGGAGAACAGAAAAACCAGCCGGCAGGUGCGGCUGGAAGCAAGCGAAGGUACUGACCGCUGCCUGGCAGAGGCCCUGUGA